GUCAGUGUAGGCUAUGACCUGAAGCAGCGAAGAAGAAGGUGCUAGCAGUGAGCACGGUGGCUUAGCAGCAGUUCAGCGGCAGGAAGCUACAAAUCAUCGAAAUUAUCUCCGCGUCGAAUUAUAUUGAUCAGAGAAACGUCUGGUUAUAAUCCAACAUGCGUGUGGGCAUGUUUACACAUCGCUGCUUCGGCUAACGAGAGCGAACGGAAUGGUAUAUCGCCAGCUAAGCUAAGCUAGCUGCGGCUGUAGCCGUUUGUUCGCCGCAGUCAUGAGCGAAGAUGACGGUUCAGCUCCGGCGAACAAAGACCGAGAGUCCACGCUGCUGCUCACUAAAGACGGGCAGAGGUACUACGUGAGUAAAGCCGGGGUGGUGGACAGCAGGAACGUGAUAACGCCGCACGAACCGGACAACAACGCCUCCUCCUACGACAUGGACGACCCGGACGAGGAGAGCGACGUGCUGGACACCUCGGACCCCCGGGACGGCGCCGCCAGCCCGGAAGAGCUCAACGACGAGGAGACCUCGGAGGGCGACAACGCCCCCAAACAGUGCACGUACGAGGGCUGCACGGAGACCACGACGCAGGUGGCCAAGCAGAGGAAGCCGUGGAUGUGCAAGAAGCACCGCAACAAGAUGUACAAGGACAAGUACAAGAAGAAGAAGAGCGACCAGGCCAUGUCCAGUGGAAAGAUAGAUGAAAACUCUGAGGAGCGGCCGGUGUCUGUGAACAAGCAGCGACUUGGUGCCAUGGGGGACCGACCAGCCAGACCCUCCCUGAUAGAGCAGGUCCUGAACCAGAAGAGACUGUCACUGCUCAGGAGUCCAGAGGUGAUCGGUUUCCUGCAGCAGCAGCAGCAGCUCCUGGCCACACAGAGCCGCAGCCAAUCACAGGGACAGUUCCAGGGUUGCUGACAGUGGCUGGUCACCGUGAACGCUGGCAUUUGAUGCAUGAAUGGAUCGUUGUGAUACUCAACAAAUUCUGCAGGUGGUGAGACAGAUCGACUGAACUCAUCGGAUCUAAAAGGCUGGACUAACCAUGCAAUCAGAACAUGUCUUGUACUGUUUAUGAAAUAUGAUUCCCAAAAUGCAAGAUAUUAGAUUUCCAAUCCAUUAUUUAUUCCACAUUUGGCAAAAAGAAUCAAAACUCUGGAUCAUAAAUGUCCAGUUAAAAUUGCACAGAUGUUUGAAAAUUUGAUCCUCCUGUUUUUUUCCCUUUGCUGAAAGAAACCCCCUGGACUACAGCCUUUGUUUGUUUGUUGUUGUGCUAUUUAUUUAGUGUUAUUUAUGCAGUGCUCUGAGGUUUUUAAUGCUUUCCUUUGAACGUGUGUCCAUCAGUUUGUGCAGUGCAUUUCUGUAGCCUCAUUUUUAUUCAGAUGGGUCUCCAGGAAAUUUUAAACACAAAACUUUUAUCAUGUCCAGGUGAAGCAUUCAUAAAACAGUAAACUCAAAUUGUGUCCAAAAAGGAAUGCAAGUGAAGUUUGAUGGGAUGAAUAUUUGUGUGUUGAAAAUUAAAUUGUGUUCUGUUAUA